AGAAACAGAUCUGCCAGGAGGGAGUGUGGCACUGGAGCCGGUGGUUUAUUUUCAUGCCUCCCUACACAGCAAUGCAGAAGUCUCUCCUACAAUGGGGACGGAGGUAUGGCCUCGCAUGUGCAAGUUUUCUCUCCUCAUACCCUUCAGUCAAGUGCCUUCUGUAGUGUGAAGAAACUGAAAGUGGAGCCGAGUUCGAACUGGGAUAUGACUGGGUACGGCACACACAGCAAAGUCUACAACCAGGGCAAGAACGUGCAGUCCUCCCAAGCAGCCGCCGCAGCAGCCGUCAACGCCUCCCUGCAGAUCCCCAACCCCAGCAUCCCUUACGAGCAGACCAUCAUCUUCCCAGCAAGCACGGGGCACAUCGUGGUUACAUCUGCCAACAGCACCUCCGGCGUGGUCGCGGUGUCUGGGCAAACGCUGGGCGGGCCGCACAACCUGAUGCGUCGCAGCACUGUGAGCCUUCUGGACACCUACCAAAAAUGUGGACUUAAGCGCAAGAGCGAGGAGAUUGAGAACACAAGCAGCGUGCAGAUUAUCGAGGAGCAUCCGCCAAUGAUUCAGAACAAUGCCAGUGGGGCCACUGUAGCCACCGCCACCACCUCCACGGCCACUUCCAAAAACAGUGGCUCCAACAGUGAAGGGGAUUACCAGCUGGUGCAACAUGAGGUGCUCUGUUCCAUGACCAACACGUACGAAGUGUUAGAGUUUCUUGGCCGUGGAACCUUCGGACAAGUAGUCAAAUGCUGGAAACGUGGCACUAAUGAGAUUGUGGCUAUCAAGAUCCUAAAAAACCACCCUUCCUAUGCCCGGCAAGGCCAGAUUGAAGUGAGCAUCCUGGCUCGGCUGAGCACGGAAAGCGCGGAUGACUACAACUUUGUCCGUGCUUACGAAUGCUUCCAGCACAAGAAUCACACAUGCUUGGUAUUUGAAAUGUUGGAGCAGAACCUCUAUGAUUUCUUAAAACAAAAUAAAUUCAGUCCCUUGCCCCUUAAGUACAUUCGACCGAUUCUCCAGCAGGUAGCAACUGCCCUAAUGAAGCUGAAAAGCCUGGGACUGAUUCAUGCUGAUCUCAAACCAGAGAACAUCAUGCUGGUAGACCCAUCCCGACAGCCAUAUAGGGUCAAGGUCAUAGACUUUGGUUCAGCUAGCCAUGUGUCUAAGGCUGUGUGUUCUACUUACCUUCAAUCCAGAUACUACAGAGCCCCCGAAAUCAUCCUCGGUUUACCCUUUUGUGAAGCAAUCGAUAUGUGGUCGUUGGGAUGUGUCAUUGCAGAGCUGUUCUUGGGUUGGCCCUUGUACCCAGGAGCUUCAGAGUACGAUCAGAUUCGCUACAUUUCACAGACGCAGGGCUUACCAGCAGAGUACUUGUUAAGUGCAGGGACAAAGACCACGAGGUUUUUCAACAGGGAUACAGACUCACCAUAUCCCUUGUGGAGGCUGAAGACGCCAGAUGAUCAUGAGGCAGAGACGGGGAUUAAGUCAAAGGAAGCAAGAAAGUAUAUUUUCAACUGUUUGGAUGAUAUGGCACAGGUAAGAGCAUUGGUGAACAUGACGACGGAUUUGGAGGGCAGUGAUAUGUUGGUGGAGAAGGCAGACCGGCGGGAGUUCAUAGAUCUGCUGAAGAAGAUGCUGACGAUAGACGCGGAUAAGAGGAUAACCCCCAUCGAAACUCUGAGCCACCCCUUUGUCACCAUGACACACUUGCUCGACUUCCCUCACAGCACACAUGUCAAGUCCUGCUUCCAGAACAUGGAGAUUUGCAAGCGGCGGGUGAAUAUGUACGACACGGUGAACCAGAGCAAGACACCAUUCAUCACCCACGUGGCCCCAAGUACAUCGACCAACCUGACCAUGACUUUUAACAACCAGCUCAACACAGUCCACAACCAGACCACCAACCUGGCUCCCACCUCCUCCAGUGCCACUAUUUCCUUAGCCAACCCCGAGGUCUCCAUACUAAAUUACCAAUCUGCACUCUACCAGCCCUCAGCGGCGUCCAUGGCUGCGGUGGCCCAGCGGAGCAUGCCCCUGCAGACGGGAACGGCGCAGAUCUGUGCCCGGCCAGACCCCUUACAGCAAGCCCUCAUUGUCUGCCCUCCAGGCUUCCAAGGGUUACAAGCGUCCCCUUCGAAGCACGCCGGGUACUCGGUGCGGAUGGAGAACGCCGUCCCCAUUGUCACCCAGGCUCCUGGGGCCCAGCCUCUUCAGAUCCAGCCAGGACUCCUCGCACAGCAAGCAUGGCCCAGUGGCACUCAGCAGAUCCUGCUCCCUCCUGCCUGGCAGCAGCUGACCGGGGUGGCCACCCACACGUCUGUCCAGCACGCCACCGUCAUCCCGGAGUCCAUGGCAGGCACCCAGCCGCUGGCAGACUGGAGGAACACGCACGCCCACGGCAGCCACUACAACCCCAUCAUGCAGCAGCCCACGCUGCUGGCCAGCCACGUGGCCCUGCCCGCCGCCCAGCCCGUCAACGUGGGUGUCGCGCACGUCAUGCGCCAGCCGCCCACCGCCGCCUCCGCCAGGAAGAGCAAGCAGCACCAGUCGGCUCCACGCAAUGCAUCCACAUAUGAAGUUUCAUCCUCCCAGUCCAUCAGCUCGCCCCAGCGGUCGAAACGCGUGAAGGAGAACACGCCUCCCCGCUGUGCCAUGGUGCACACCAGCCCUGCCUGCAGCACCUCGCUGACGUGCGGCUGGGGCGACGCGGGCGGCGGCGCGCGGGAGCGGCAGCGGCAAACCAUCGUCAUCCCCGACACCCCCAGCCCCGCCGUCAGCGUCAUCACCAUCAGCAGCGACACGGACGAGGAGGAAGAGCAGAAGCAUGCACCCACCAGCACCUUGUCCAAGCAGAGGAAGAAUGUCAUCAGCUGUGUCACCGUGCAUGACUCCCCCUACUCCGACUCCUCCAGCAACAACAGCCCUUACGCCGUGCAGCACCGCACAGGGCAGAACAAUGGGAACAGCUACGACACCAAAGGGGUUCCAGAGACUCACUGCAGUGGGAACCCCCGAACCAUCAUCGUGCCACCACUGAAAACCCAGGCCAGUGAGGUGUUGGUAGAGUGCGAUAGCCUGGCACCAGUCACCACCAGUCACCACUCAUCCUCCUACAAGUCCAAGUCCUCCAGCACCGUGACCUCCACCAGCGGUCACUCUUCAGGGAGCUCGUCUGGAGCCGUUGCCUAUAGGCAGCAGCGACCAGGAGCACAUUUCCAGCAGCAGCAGCCUCUAAAUCUAAGUCAGGGCCAGCAGCACAUCUCGACUGACCGCGCAGGGAGUCACCGGCGACAGCAAGCCUACAUCACUCCAACAAUAGCUCAGGCCCCGUACUCCUUCCCGCACAAUAGCCCCAGCCACGGCACGGUCCAUCCCCACCUGGCCGCCGCCGCCCACCUGCCCACGCAGCCCCACCUGUACACAUACACCGCCCCCGCCGCCCUGGGCUCCACGGGCACCGUCGCGCACCUGGUGGCGUCGCAGGGCUCGGCGCGGCACGCGGUGCAGCACACCACCUACCCCGCCAGCAUCGUGCACCAGGUCCCCGUCAGCAUGGGCCCGCGCGUCCUGCCCUCGCCCACCAUCCACCCCAGCCAGUACCAGGCUCAGUUUGCCCAUCAGACCUAUAUCAGUGCUUCUCCAGCCUCCACAGUCUACACUGGAUACCCACUGAGCCCCACCAAGGUCAACCAGUACCCUUACAUCUAAACACUGGAAUAACAGAGCAAGACAGACGUGCCCGGCCCGGGGGGAGUGAGGCAGCCGCUUUUGUGUUGAAGAACGUGACAAACUAACAAUGCAAUGGGAGGCUCGCGUGAAACUUGAACGAAGGAGACUUUAGGAAGAAAAGAAAAAGAGGAAAGAAGGGGGAAAAAACCAAUUCUACAGUUUUUAUUUAAAAAAAAGAAAAGAAAAUGGAAAAAAAGA